AUGUCGGAUACUUCAGAUGCGGGCCCUAAGUGGAACUAUGAAUUUAUAACUUCAGGAGCUCCAAGACAACCAAAUGAAGGUGCUUUUAAAUAUAAUUUACGAAAAUUGUUUACAGUAAAAUCAUGGGAAAGCUUGGAGGAAGAUCAACGAACUUCCGAGCUUAGAAAAGAGUUGAAUGUCUUUGAGUUGAUUAUGAUUGGCUUAGGCAGUAUAAUUGGGACUGGGAUAUUUGUUUUGACAGGUCAAGCUGCUGCGACUAAGGCGGGCCCUGCUGUCGUUAUAUCUUUCUUAUUGGCUGGACUUGCUGCUAGUUUUGCUGCGUUAUCUUACUCUGAGUUAGCCUCGAUGAUUCCAAUUUCAGGUUCAUCGUAUACUUAUACGUAUACAACCAUGGGUGAACUUAUAGCUUGGAUCAUCGGUUGGGAUUUAACUUUGGAAUAUUUGGUGGGUGCUGCUGCAGUGGCUGUUGGGUGGUCUGGCUAUUUUACGCAUUUUUUUUACGAUGGCUUUGGUAUUCAAUUCUCUCCAUCAUGGACCAGCGCUCCGAUAAUUUUCAAUCAUACGAGACAAGCUUUUGAACUAGUUCCUGGAGCUUAUUUCAAUGUUCCUGCCUUUACUAUCGUAGUUCUUUUGACUACUCUACUCGUUGUAGGAGUUAAAGAAUCAGCAAGAGUUAAUGCAUUUGUUGUCAGUGUAAAAGUUUUAGUUAUAUUAUUGUUCGUUAUUGCAGCUGGAACUCAUAUCAAGUCAGAAAAUUACCAACCAUUUGUUCCACCAAAUGAAGGAACAUUUUCCAGAUUUGGUGCUACUGGAAUAUUAGCAGGGACUAGUGUCGUGUUCUUUGCAUUUAUCGGUUUUGAUUCGAUUUCAACUAUUGCACAAGAAUCUAGAAAUGCGCAAAGAGAUUUGCCAAUUGCGAUUAUGGGCA